CAGACGCUUAACGACUGAGCCACCCAGGCGCCCCUCGAUUUGUACUUUCCUAAUGUAUGUUUGAUCCGUAACCUGGUCUACAUUUGAAGCGCCCUUGAAGUCUAGUAGGGAGAAAGGGAAAUCUGACACAGCUAGAAAGCAAUGGAAAACACUAAGGGCUGCAUCAGAUGUUGAAGAGGAACUGAUCAUACCAUGGAGAUAAAAAUGAUCUCUGGAACAUCCUAGAUUCAUUCUGUGGAAAAAUGUCUACAAUAAAUUUAAUAUGGUUAUGAUUUUGGCUUAAUUCUGUUAGAGUCUGGAACUGGAGAAGAAAUCACAGGAUGGGUUCAGGACCCACUGGGCCCACUGUGAGAGGGACCUGUGCUAAAACUCCAUUGAUCACCUGACCUCCAUAAGCUCCUACUCUGACUGAAAGUAAACCGCAGAAAGAGACUGGAAUGAGGAAAUGGAAAGCUGACCAGAGAGGCUAGACAGCUUCUUGUUCCUGCCACUGGUCUGGAGGUCCUUGCACCAGAAGACAGGCCUGGGUGGGGACUACACUACUGGUCCAUGGACUGUAUUUUGAAUAGCAAGGACUUAGAAGACUGGAAAGAAAGAGCUGCAUCCAGAUGAAUGCCUUUUGGUGUUUUUCCUUUUGUGUCCAAGUCAGUGGUAAGCCUUUGUCCGCUGAUGGGAAUGAGGUAGCGGGCAGCCAAGCCACAUAACGGGAGCCUGGAGAAAGACGUCUUGGGCAAUUUGCACAAGAGUUUCCUUCUUUAAAACAUCACACGAUUGAAGACCAAAACCAAUUCUUUAUUGGUAAAAAGUUAGUUACAACUUGAAAGAAAUGACAACCAAUUUCCUUUUUUAAAAACUUUCAUGUCAGUGGACCAAGACCAACAUUUCAAAGAUGAGCCUAAAAGAACACAAAGAGAAGAGUGAAGAAUGAAAAUGCAGCCCAUAGAGAGCAGAAGCGGAAAAUAAGAACCAGUUUCAUUUCAGAUACCUGUGGCUGUUUCUGCAAUGACUAACAUCGGGGUUACAUGGAAGAGUGACUUUGGCUGUGUUUGGACGGUCAGCUCAUCCUGGGGUGCAUCCUCACAAUCACCCGGACAGCCGCUCGAAGCCCCGAUUGCUGGGACUUGUAGCCCCACCUACAGACUCUCUGAUUCCUAAGGUCUGGGGUAAAACUUGCCGAUGCGCAUUUCUACCAAGUUCUCAGAUGAUGCCGGUGCUGUGACCCAGGGGACUGCACUGGAGGACCCAGAACCACACUCAGGGUACAGCGGCCUUUCUCUCUUGGAGCACAGAACUAGGACUGCGGAGAGGCGAUCUGAACAGACUCGUUUUCGAGUAAGUCGACAAAGAACAAACACACAAACCAACACGGUUUUGUUUAAUUAUCAGCAGUCGAGUCGUUUUUGCUGCAGAGGACAGUUUUUCCACUCUCGUCAAGGCUAAAUAGGUCCCAGAGGGUUGGCCCCCGCACCAACAACCACUUGUAGUAACCACACUGUUUUCCUAUGUUAAACUCCCCUCUGAGUUCUGGCAGGUUGAUAACACCCAGUCUGUUUGAGACUCAACCUCUUUGGAGAGUGAACGUUUCCUGAGCUUUCACAGUCAGCCUGUGCUUCCAUUGGAAACUCAUUCAUGGCAUCCAGCCCAGGACUUUCCACAGAGGGACAUUUCCAAAUGAUCAGACAGAGAAGUUUGAAACCCCAUCCAAGGCCAUGAGGCCAGAGGCCAGAGGCCACAGAGAAUCCAGCUCCUUAUUCUCUCAAACGGUGGUGUUAUUUUACUCGUACCUGAAGCCUGAUUUGCAUGGAGAGAGCCAGCGAGAGAGGGAACACAAGCAGGGGGAGUGGGAGAGGAAGAAGCAGGCUCUCAGCAGAGCGAGGAGCCCGAUUCUGGGCUCGAUUCCAGCACGCUGGGAUCAGGCCCUGAGCCAAAGGCAGAUGCUUAACGAUUGAACCACCCAGGCACCCCAAGAAAUAAUGUGAUGUUAAAGCAGCAAGGUCCUUCAGUGAUGAAGCCCAUAGUGUGAGCGCGGAAGCAGAAUAUGGGGCGAUACCGGCAGAAGAAGACGCAGGUCAGGCCCCCACUUCCAAGCAAACCAUCUUGGGCAUCGCCUGGCUUCUCAGGAGUGCCUUGGCUCUGGUGGUCAGGGUUUUUGAGGGAACCUGGCCGCAUGGUUAAUAAAGCUUCCAGAAUUGUUCACCUGCCUGCCGAGCCUCUGGGAAAGGCUCCUCGCUCGUGAGUGAUGGCCACAGAAUCCCGGAGUGGCAGGGCUGACAAAGCACACGGGGCAAGCCCUUGACCUACACGUGAAAGAGGAGACCAAACCCGGAUCAGAGGGAACGAAGUCCACAUCCAGCUUCUCCUGACCUCCUGGAAUCCAGUCCACCAUGCUCUGAGGUUCGGUCUCGGGCCUCCUAAGGGUCGUGACUCAGCACAAGCAGUAACUCAGGCCGGAGACUGCAAGCUUCUCCCCCUGCCUCCUACCUGUCUUCAGGAGCUGCCAAUGAUCAGAAGCCUUGAGAGGCCUGAAACAAAGGCUACAAGCCACAGAAUCUUGCUUUCUUGGGCUCGCAGACUUGUCAGCAGCCCUUCAUGCCGCCAAAGCAAUGUGUAACACCGUAAACAACAAGAAAAGCAGGUUGGAGGAUAUGCUGACAGCUUGCAAGAAUUCAGACCAAACUCAAACUAAAAAACCAAGUCGCCCCACAGUCGGGGGCCCGAAUUCCUACCAGCCCAGCGGCUGGACCCCAGGCUGCUCCAGUCCCGGCCCCUGCGGAGGGUGGGCGCGCUCAGCACCCCGCCACGCGCUCGCCUUUUGCAAAAGCGGCUGGGCGGCUGCGCCCUCCUCUGGCCGAAGCUGCUACUUCCAUUCGCGGCAAAGCGCGAGGCUGCCUGCGACUCUGAAGGCAGCUGCCGCCCGCGUCACUGCGGUUUUCCCAGAGCCGCAGCCCCCGGCCGCACCUACCAGGAAACAGGUGCGCAAGCCAAGCCGCGGGAGAGAGGGCUCUUCUGCCGGAUUAUUUUCAGGGCGGCAGUGUUUGGGGGAGAGGAGGCCCCCCUCCCCCGGCCUCCCACUUAAGUUCCUUGCUGGGUGCUGCGCCUACGCUCAGAUGCCAAGUACCGCUGCCGGUUGCGCGGGUGCAUCUCAGAGGCGCUCCCUCCUGGUCCCCUCCGGAGGGGCCGAGCCUGCAAGUAAAGUGAGCGGCAGCCGGAGUCUUCUGCUCAAGCUUUGUCCUCCCCCAACUACCUCCCUCCCCGCACUCGCCCCCGUCCCCGUCCAGCAGCCGCUACGCUUCCCCGUGGUCCGUUCCUUCCCUGCUCUGAGGCCAGCGGCGGUUUCUUUCACUUCCCUCGCUCAGGAAAGGACGGGACGCUUCUGUCCCGCUCUCCAGGGACGGCUUGCAGAUUCCCGUCCCCACCGAGACAGGCGAGUCAGCUCCGCGGUCCCGGCCCCUUUGGCCUGCUUACUACGGCCCUGCAGGAUGAGAAAGGAACCCGCUUACCGCUGUGCCUAUUUUCCCGGGUGUUCACCCCACGUCCCACCUGGGCACCAUCUGGGAAAAACCUGACGGCGCAGAUGGUUUGAGCUCUCCAGCC